AUCUGUAAAUACUAAAUGUCAAUGUACUUUAUAUGUUUGUGUAUUUCAGUGGUGUUCCCUCAGGACCUGCUGGAGAAGGGACUUGGAGCCAGUAACUUUGCAAUGUUGGGUUUAGGUGACAUUGUGAUUCCAGGAAUUUUCAUCGCUCUUUUGCUGCGCUUCGAUGUCAGUCUGAAGAAGAACACCAGGACGUACUUCUACACCAGUUUUGUGGCGUAUAUCUUUGGUUUGGUUCUAACUAUCUUCAUCAUGCAUACCUUCAAACAUGCUCAGCCUGCACUCCUGUACCUGGUUCCAGCCUGUGUGGGGUUCCCUGUGAUUGUGGCUCUGCUCAAAGGAGAACUCACAGAAAUGUUCAGAUACGAGGAAGAGUCAAGUGAGGAGGCUGGGACGGACACUGAGACUGAGAAAAAGGACCAAUAGCUUCUUUUUUUUGUUUGUAUGUAUUUCUUAUUCAUGCAAUGGUUUUUUUUCCACAUCAUUUCACUGAAGCCCCGCCCUCUACCUGCUGGUCGUUAUGGGAACGGGGCUCAUGUGCCUCAACGGGAGCCGAUACACGGCCAGAACGCUUUGUCGGCUUCAUCUCUGCUUCAUGGACAUGUUACAGGAUCUGGACUACAAACCUUAGGGGUAAAGAAUAUAUAUUUAUUUGUGUUGGAAAAAUGACAGACUGUCACCAUAGUUUAGAAUAAACUAUAAAUACAUAUUCCCCAUUCAAACUGUAGAAGAGGAAUAUAUAUUUAAAUUUAAUAUUAGUCAUUCUAAUCUUGGAUUUUUAAGAAUUCUAAGAUUCUGGCGGGCCAGGGCCCAGUGUGUCCUGGGGAGGCUGGAUAUAGUUUGAAUGUUUCUAUUAUAAUGGUCCUACCUAUAAUUUUAAUAGGGGGUGGGGUCAGACUUUGUGCCAUAAAAUGGGGGGAGAAAAAAUAGAGAAUUGAGAAAACUGACUUCAGUUGUAAAUGAGGGGAUCAGGGAUCCCUUUUGUUAGUCUGUAAAACACUUUGAGUUCCUGGUUCCUGUAAUGUCCAAACCACUAAAGUGUUUGCUGUGUGAGAUCUAGGAGGAAAUCAAAGUGUUGCAAAAACCAAAACUAUAAAAAACAAAAACAAAAAAACAGUAUAUUAAAAAAAAACUUUUACAGAUAUUUUCAGCCUGAACUUCUGUAGAACUCAUUUGUUUAUUUGUUGCAGCAGAAAAAGGGAAACUGCUCUGUGUUUGACGUAAAAUGUUCAUAAUAAAAGUGAAUGAUCUUGA